GACAGAGUUAAUAAUAUGAGAAGUGAGUUAUUGCCUUAUCUAGAAUUCAGACCACUAACGAUCACGUAUGUGAGGACCGAGAAUAGCUUUACCGGAAAACAGAGAAAAAACCCAUUUGUGGACUUAACAGUUUCAUCCAUGGAGACUAUGAAUCCAACUUCGUUUCCAAUAUUUCAUACAAACCCAGUUCGGCUAAAGACCAAUCCUUUCAAACCCUCUAGGGUUUCCAUCAAACCUCCACCCCCCGACUUCGAUUUCAGGUCAGAUAUAUUGGGAGAGUCCAAAGCCUUAAUAGCUAAAUCUCACCCUGAAUUGCUUGAUUUGGCAAGUAGUGGAAACUUGGUUUUGAUUGAGAAGAGGCUUUUUGGUCCUGUUCCGCCUUGGAGAGCCGAGUUCGUAGAGCCAGAGACAAUUUGGUUAGUUGGUACCACCCAUAUAUCUCGAGAAUCGGCUAUGGAGGUUGAGCGCGUCGUUCGAGCCAUUAAGCCCGACAAUGUGGUGGUUGAGCUUUGUAGAAGCAGAGCUGGGAUAAUGUACACUUCUGAUGGUGAUGAGCAAGGUCAAGGCUUACGAUCAAACAUGUUCUCUUUGAGUGGAACUGGUUUCUUUGGUGCUGUUGGGCGUAGCAUAGACUUGGGAGGUCAAACUGCUUUAGCUCUACGCUUACUUUUGGCGGUUUUCUCUUCAAAGAUCUCUUCUGAUGUCAACCGCCCUUUUGGUGAUGAGUUUCGAGCUGCUAGAAAAGCGUCUGAAGAAGUUGGUGCUCAAAUAGUUUUGGGAGAUAGGCCAAUCGAAAUAACUCUGGAAAGGGCUUGGAAUUCUCUGACAUGGACUGAAAAACUUGGCUUAGUGACAUCAGUUGUUCGUGGGAUAACAUCGCCUUCUGAUCUGUCGAAGAAAAAUUUCAAGGAAUCAAGUACAGAUGAUAGCACGUUUCAGCUCUAUGAGCAGCUUAGUUUUUCAUAUCCAAACCUCCUGCAGCCUCUUAUACAUGAACGAGACACUUAUCUAGGGUGGUCCCUGAAACGUAGUAAAGCUGUUAACAAAAGCAAGAGUGUUGUGGGAGUGAUCGGGAAGGGCCAUAUGAAUGGGGUAAUAUAUGCUUUAGUGUCCGACCAAGGCAACUUGCGAUUCAGAGAUGUUGCUGGGAAAAAGUCCUCUGCUGCUGCUGAUUCUAAUGGCUGGCUCGAUAGUCUUCUCAAGAGCUUGGUUAGAGACACUGUUAUUGGCUUCUUGUUAUGGGAGUUAUAUGAACAAUUUAAAGACCACUUUUAGAUUUGAAAAAUAAUCCACAUUGGUUAUCAACACUACACUUCCAAUCAAUCACACAUUUGCUUGGUUGAUGAUAAAUCACAACGAUUAUUCGUUUGGUGGAAAAAGACACCUUAUACAUACUUUUUGUAAUAUCUGAUUGAUAAACCAUUCACUUAAAAUUAAAGAUUUUUGUGUGUA